UUAUUUGUUUUUGACAUGCUAUCCAAUGUGAUAACGUAGAUUAACCCCCCACCCCUCUAAUGAAUAAAUAAAUAAUGUGAAGGCUCUAAAUAAAUCCAUAAAUUUACGCUGCUAUAUCCACAUGAAUCCAGUGAUAUCACAGUAACGACACCGAAACCGCCCUGUAAACCACGCGCAACAACCCACAAUGCUCCAAACCUCGGGUAUACAGGUGAAUCCCUCGUAAAACCCCGCCGGAAGGUAAGGCUUAGAAAUAAAAACAGUUUAUCCAAAAAAAAAAGGAAAAAAAAGAAAAACUAGCCAAGAAACGUGCGCAUUUAAAAUCAUGACGGUAAGCUCGUCAUGCGUAAGGCGAAAUUUCAACACAUUAGUUGGAACUUCCCGUUUUGAUUGAUUCAUUUAAAGUAUAAAUAGUAAACAAAUCUCCCAUUCCAAUCAUUUAGAAUAGUUUCACGUUCCCUAUCCUUACACAGGCGGUUAGGCUCAGACAGAAUGCACACCAUCUACAUCCUAUCGCUGCUCUGCGUGCUGGCUCUCCUGGCUCGUUCUGCGCCGCUUCAAAAGUGCUCUGGUAAGACUGGCCUUCCCAUGGAGAACUCCGAAUUCCAGAAAACCGUCAAGAACUGCAGUAGUCUGGUCUACAAGGUCCAGUGCGACAUCCCCGAAGUGAAGAAGUCAUGGGCCUUGAGCCUCGACUCUUCUGCUCCAAACCUGGAGUACAUAGUGUCUACCCUGGGAAUCCCUCCCUCCCCCACUCUAAUGGCUCUGUCUGCUGAUUUUGACAUGGAACUGUGUCUGAACCGCAUGUACGAGGGGCUGCAGCUCUACCAGGACUUGCUCAGUGCAAUCCGUGAUCGCAUUUCCAACCCGGAGAAGGUGACAGACCUGCUAAUUGACAUCAGAGACCUCCUGACUCAUGUACUCAAGAUGCAGGAGCUGGCCCAGCUGAAGCAGGGGGUGCAGUACGGAGGCUCGGGGCUGUCCUCCCGUCUCACCGAGGAGUACGAGGUGCAGGUGGCCGCGGACGUGGUCCUGUCCCAGCUCCUGUCCUUCUCUCAGGAUGUCUACCGCAGCCUGCGCAACAUUGGUCUGGCCAAAUCGGCAGCGAGGUGCUGAGCUCGCCCACCUGUGUCCGUUGUCCUGGGAGUUCCAGCUGAACGACCAUCUCAUCGCUUCAGUGGGUUUUUUUUUUCGGUCUAAAAUUUUUUUAUUUUUUUUUACAUCAUUCCCAUUUUCAGUGCCAUUUGAAAGGCUGGAGUAUAUCUGUUGGGCCCGUCCUCUGUCAGUUUGGGACAGCUGAGUCGAUGGUUAAUAACCAUGGAGGACAAUCUGCAGACUGUCAGGGUUUAUACCACUGCGUCUUCACCAGUUACGUCACUCCAGGUCAGGGGUGUCCAAUCGCUACCAAAAAGCGCUGGUGUGGGUGCAGGUUUUUAUUUUAGCCCAGCACUACGACACCUCAUUCUACUAAUCAAGGUCUCGAUUGAAAACCGUGAUUAGUUCAAUGGUUGAAUCAGGUGGCUUCAUACAAGGACCUGCACAUACAUCGGUCCUUUUCGGUUAAGAUUGGACAGCAUUUCCCCGGCAGAAUUUCCACCGUGACAAAACUCUCUUCGGGACUUCGGGAGGCCGUUCCAGGCCAUCGGGCAGCUAGCGAGCUAGCGUCCUCAACAGCGCUGUCUGUGCUGAUUCUCCAGGGUUGUGCAACGACGACGCCGCAGAUCCAGCUAGGUCAGAAGCUUCAAAAGCACCCGGUGUCUGAGGCAGGCUUGUGUUUGCGUUUUUAACCAUGGGGGUGUUCUCCCUUUGAGAACAUAGGAUAUCUGCCCUGGUCAUCUGUGCCACCCUGAAACCAGUAGGAAAACCCCCCAUCGCAGCCUCCUUCCCCCAACCCCUAAACCCCCCUCCCCUCCCUCUCGCAAAUCACCCACAAGUCCUACAGUUAGAUAUUUUGCUUCAUGUUUUAUUAUUUAAAUUAUUUAUUUAUGUCAUGUAUUUAUAUAUUUAUGUAUUUAUUUAUUUAAUUGUGGAUAUUGACUAAUUCUGUGUACAUACUGUGGUGAACAUUUUCUUGCAGAGCGUCAGAGAUUUGUUAGAUUUGUAUUGAAAAGAAAGGCCUUUUUGAGUAUUGAAUGUGAAUUGGUCAAUGCAGAUUGAAAAUGACCUCUGCUGUUUUACAUUAUGUACUCACAUUAUGAACUUUUUCUUUGUUCAAACCUUCUUUUUUAAUUUAUUAUUAUUAUUAUUAUUAUUAUUAUUAUUAUUAUUAUUAUUAUUAUUAUUAUACAUUUUUAUAAAUCUUACAUUUUUAUAAAUGUUUAAUGUUAUUUAUCAUUAGUGCAGCAGACAACGCUGUCUUCCAUUACUCUGUGUCCUAGUUAAGGGACAAAAUGUUUACCGUAUGUCACUACUGUGAUAGUGAUGUUACUGUAAUAAAGAUUAAUGUAAAAUCCUGUGGAGAAAGCCAGCCAGUAGUAUCUACUGUUUCCGUGUUCGGAAAGACUUUUUAAAAUCUUGCUUUUUAAAGUUUUGGUCAUUAUAUCUCUUCUGAAUUUUAGGAGUACUUAAUAUCAGAUGAAUUUAUUAACAGUUGUCACUGUGCAAGAGAAAAAAUGCUGUAUUUUAUUGGCUUAUUUCAUGUCGUGUUGUUUUAUAUGUAGCUGUUAAUAGAAAUAAUAAUUAUUAUUAUUAUUAUUGUUGUUGUUGUUGUUGUUGUUGUUGUUGUUGUCAAAGCUUUACCAGAGAUGUUCAACACCAACACUUUCAAUGGCAAUUGACCUGUAUUUCUUUUAAAUGUUUUGAUGUUUUUAAAUGUUUUUUAUUAGUCAUUGUGUAUUAUCAUGAACA